AUGCUGGCAAGGGAAUAUGAGCGAGUGAGAGCUGGGAAGCCUCCAGUGCAGCUUGAUAUGUCAAGAUAUGGACUUGAAAUGCCACCUGUGAACAAACGGAGUGAUGAAACUGCUUGGAAGCAGACGCUUCAAAAAGCUCAGCGUCUACUACAGCAUCAAGUAAUCAGGCUGGAAAAUCUGGACUUAAUGUCAAAACAUGGUGCUGAAGUCUGGAAACAACAUAAUCAACUAUUGGAGGCAUUCUUAUCCAGAUCAUUUACAUAG